AUGGUUAAUAAUGUUUAUGCCACCUCUGCUAAUUUUUAUAACAUUUCUAGACAUGAACUUAUUGCAUGGGUCAAUUCUUCACUUCAAGCUAACUUAACAAAAAUAGAAGAAAUGUGUACAGGUGCCGCUUAUGCUCAGUUAACUGAUAUGUGUUUUAGAGGUAAAAUUCCACUUAAACGUAUAAAAUGGAAUUCUAAACAUGAAAUUGAUUGGAUUUCUAAUUGGAAAAUUAUUCAAACUUCUUGGAAAAAUAUUGGAAUUGAUAAACCUAUACCUGUUGAUUCAUUAUUAAAAGGAAAAUUUCAGGAUAAUUUUGAAUUUUUACAAUGGUUUAAGAAAUUUUUUGAUGCCAAUUAUGAUGAAAGUCCAUACAAUGCUGAGGAAACAAGAAAUUUUGAACCAAUUCCUGCUGCCAAUUCAACAAAAACAACCCCUGCUUCAAACAAAACCUCAACAUCUAAUAAAACAGCGUCAAAUAUUUCUAAGAAUGUUCGUAAUUCAACAAAUAUUUCUUGUAACAAUACAUCUAAGGAAUCUGAAGAUUUGAAGAAAGGUGAAGUAUUAUCAAAUUGUAAAAAAGAUGAUGGUAAAGAUUGCACUGUAAAGGAUAAAAAAGAUUGUAUUGAUGAGUAUAAGAAAGAAAAUGCUACACUUGAAAAGGAGGUUGCUGAGUUAACUGAUGAGUUGCAAAAAAUGUCUGCAUCGUUACUUACAAUGGAACAUGAAAGAGAUUACUAUUAUAAUCGUUUAAAGAUGAUUGAAAUUAUGAUAACUGAUUUAGAGGAAAAUUCUCAAAUUGAAGCUGGAAAAAUUAAGAAAAUUCUUUAUACUGAUGAUGAUCAAUUAAAUGGAGAAUGUGAUGAUGAUGUUAAUGAGGAUGCUAAAACAACAAUAAUUGAUACAAAAUCAGGAAAUGGAGAAAAAAUUUUAUCAAAUGAAGACAAAGAAAAAUUUAAAAUUGAUGAUAAUGAAGUUGAAAAACUUUUACACAAUACUAAUUUCCUUGAUGAAACUGAAACUUUCUAA